AUGGAUAUGCAAACUCAACGUGAUUCGAAAAUUAAUGAUUACAUCUCAGAUAAAAUUCAGUUAAAUGAACCAAAAACCACUAUAAAAAGUAAAAAUGAGAGAAAAAUUAUGGGAAAAUAUUAUGAAAAAACAUCAAAAAAAAUUUUCAUCUUUAAUGAUUUUCCGGAGGAUACAUUCCGGAAAAGCAAUGAAAAUAUCCUUAGUGAUACCAUAAUUAAAUGGUUGGAAUAUAUGGAAUUACGGAUAAUGGCUGAAAGGUAA